CGUAACACGGAGUCUGGCGUGUUGUCAUGGAGGGGCCGGCAGCGCAGCGCACAGAGCUCCCAGGGGAAGAGGAUGAUGAGGGACACGCGAGACCCUCUGUAAAGGAACUUCAGAGCCUCCUGGACAGCAGACGGACCUCGUUCCCCCAUCACGUUAACGAAGUGUGGCCCAACCUGUACUUAGGAGACCUUGUCAUCGCCAAUAACAGAUAUGAGUUAUGGAAGAUGGGCAUCACCCACGUUCUGAAUGCGGCUCACGGGGGCCGGUUUUCUGAAGGAAACUGCGACUUCUAUGGUUCCACCAUCACGUAUCACGGCGUCCCCGCGUGUGACGUUCCACACUUCGACAUGACCAAAUAUUUCCACUCCGCCUCAGAGUUCAUCCACAGGGCUCUAACCACCGAUGGAGCCAAGCUUCUGGUCCAUUGCGUGGUCGGCGUUAGCAGGUCCGCCACCCUGGUCUUGGCUUAUCUGAUGAUCCAUCACCACCUCUCCCUGAAGGGGGCCAUAAAAAAGGUACAGGAAAACCGAUGGAUUUCCCCGAAUCCGGGAUUUCUCCGACAGCUGCUUGACCUGGAUGAGGAACUACGUCGUACCCAGCGAAAUCCGGGACAGGGAAACGGGACUUAAGAGAUGAUGUCAGAGUCACAUUUUUCUCAACAUGAUGUAAUAAAGAGGUUUUCUAUCAACACA